AUGUCUGGAGAAGUCCCCACUUUCAAGUUGGUGCUCGUUGGUGAUGGUGGUACCGGUAAAACCACCUUUGUGAAGAGACACUUGACUGGUGAAUUCGAAAAGAAAUACAUCGCCACAAUUGGUGUCGAAGUGCAUCCUUUGGCUUUCUACACCAACUUUGGUGAAAUCAAGUUCGACGUGUGGGAUACCGCUGGCCAGGAGAAAUUCGGUGGUCUCAGAGACGGUUACUACAUCAACGCCCAAUGCGGUAUCAUUAUGUUCGACGUCACUUCGCGUAUUACCUACAAGAACGUUCCAAACUGGCACCGUGAUUUAGUGCGUGUUUGUGAGAACAUCCCUAUCGUGCUAUGUGGUAACAAGGUGGACGUCAAAGAACGUAAAGUGAAGGCCAAGACCAUCACCUUCCACCGUAAGAAGAACCUGCAGUACUACGACAUUUCUGCCAAGUCCAACUACAACUUUGAAAAGCCAUUUUUGUGGCUUGCUCGUAAGCUUGCCGGUAACCCCCAGCUGGAGUUUGUCGCCUCGCCAGCCUUGGCCCCACCAGAAGUGCAGGUCGACGAGGCUUUGAUGCACCAAUACCAACAAGAGAUGGAACAGGCUACCGCUCUGCCAUUGCCUGAUGAAGACGAUGCUGACUUGUAA